AUGUCACAGACCUACUCAAUCACCCAGACCGAAUCCAUCCCCGUCGUCCAGACAAUCCAAUGGACCCAAAAAGCAUCAGUGCGCAAGUCCAUCCCAGCGGUAUGGAUGCGCGCCGGCACGUCCAAGGGCCUUUUCAUCCACCGACACCAUCUCCCGCCCUCGCCCGCGGACUGGGAACCAAUCUUACUGUCCGCAAUGGGCUCCACGAAGGAAGGCUCUCGGCAGAUCAACGGGGUCGGCGGUGCAUCUUCGACAACGUCCAAGGUAGCUGUCGUGGAACGGUCCAGUCGCCCAGGCGUCGACGUCGAGUAUACGUUUGUGCAGGUGGCUCCAGACCAGCCGCGGAUCGAUAUGACAGGGAACUGUGGCAAUAUUGCCUCGGGGAUUGGGCCGUUCGCGCUUGAUGAGGGCCUUGUGCGUGCGCCGGAGGGGAAGAAGGAGAUUGAUAUCAGAAUCUACAAUACCAACACCAAACAGCAUCUUGUCGAAACGGUACAAGUUGCAGUGGACGGUUCGUUCCGCGAGGACGGCGAGUAUGCCAUCCCAGGCGUGGACGGCAUGGCCAGUCCAGUCAGAGUUGCCUUCCUCAAUCCCGGAGGCAGCAUGACGGGGUGCAUGUUUCCCAGCGGAUUGCGCCAGGAGACGCUGGCGGUGACGUCUCGGGGGCAUGGAGCGUUUGACGCUUCCUGGCGCUAA